AUGAAGCAUCACCGAACUGCUAUUUCCCUUUUCUCAAAAGCAGAAUGCAAGGGAUUCACUCCUUCUUUAUUUACUCUGAACAUCUUGAUCAAUUGUUACUGCCAUUUGGGUAACAUGUUUUUGCUUUCUAUACUAGGGAAGAUUCUCAAGAUGGGCUGUCAGCCAGAUAUAAUAACUUUAACUACUCUGUUGAAAGGUCAAUGCAUUAAUACUAACGUUAGAGAAGCCCUUGUCUUUCAUAAUGACAUAUUGACAAAAGGAUUUCAGUUAGAUGAGGUAAGCUAUGGCACCCUGAUUGACGGCUUCUGUAAAAUUGGAAAAACGUCUGCUGCUCUUGAAUUGCUUCGAAAGAUGGAGACAGGGUUAGUUAAGCCUGGGUGUAUAACCAAAGCUGAGGCAAUAGUUGGUAGGAUGAUGAAAAGUAGCAUAAAGCCUGAUGUUAUUAGUUACAGUGCUUUGAUGGAUGGGUACUGUAUGAUGAAUAAUGUUGAUGAGUCGAAGAAGGUUCUUAAUAGAAUGAAAAGUGAUGUGUUGCCUGAUGUUUCAGUUACAGUAUCUUGA